GGCGGGCCCACAGCGAUGACGUCACCGUACGACCCGCCUGACGUCAUGCCGCAGGCCACGCCCAUGGCCAUGGCGGCGCCCUGCACGGAGAUGGAGCCGGCGGCGCCUCCGCCUUCCCCCCCUGCUCCUCCUGCGGCCGCGCCGGGCUCGGCCGGGCUCGUGUGUGCGCAGGGCCGCAACCUGCGGGCCGUGCUGUGCCAGCGCUGCGGCUCCCGGGUGCUGCUGCCCGGCGCCGCCACCUUCGCCCGCCGUGAGCUCCUCCUGCCCGCCAUGAGGAAGAAGGCGGCGGCGGCGGCGGCGGGAGGCGGCGGGGACGUGCUGCGGGAGCACUGGCUGGUGCGCGACAUGUUCUCCUUCGAGAACGUGGGAUUCACCCGCGACGUGGGCAACGUCAAGUUCCUGGUGUGCGCCGACUGCGAGGCGGGGCCCAUCGGCUGGCACUGCCUGGACGACAAGGACAGCUUCUACGUGGCGCUGGAGCGCGUGGCCCACGAGUGACGCCGGCCCCGGGCCCGGGCUGGGAGCUGGGCCCGGGCUGGGAGCUGGGCCCGGGCUGGGAGCUGGGCCCGGGAGCCCCGCGGCCCUGCGGACUGAGCGCUGCCGGUCACCCCAGAGCCGGACUGAGCGCGGCCUGCCCGCCCCGUGGCCUGCGUGGCCACAGCUUGCCUGUUCCCCGGGGUGACUGAGCCGCAGCCCCGCUGGUCACCCCAUUUCCCACAUACACAGGCUGAGCAGCGUCAGGAAUCACAGCCCUGGCACAGCCAACUCCUCACCUGCACCCCCAUAGGAAGGCUUUUGGUGUUGGGAGGGUUCCUGUACCCUGCAGGGACAGCUCACCCUUUUUUUUUUUUUGCCACAUAGCCUGAUCUGCCCCAGUGUGGCUGCUCUACCACUUCUCUGGUAGCUGCUCCAGGGGCCGAGGUGUCUGGCAUGCUGGUGGCCCUGUGGCACCAUGUAAAUUGGGAGGACAGGACAGGACUGCUGCACUGAGUCGUGGCAGCUGAAACUGUCUGACCUGCAGCCAGAGCACUUCCAAGGUUUAAGGCUGAAUCUUCUGUUGAUUUUCAGAAGGAAUGUUUGCUGCCCCGAGCUCUAACAUUUAUGUUCUCCAAAACCUCAUCCCAUGUGACAGCUAUACCCGGUGAGAGUUGUGGCACCUGAAGUGAGUGUAAGGCAUUCCAACUAAUCUGUGCAGUUUUAUUAACUGGGUACUUGGGAACAAAACACUGGUAGAAUGUGCAGGCAGCAUAGGUUGAUAGAGCAGCAAACAAAGAAAAUGUGCCAGACCAUGGAGCUUCCAGGCAGCAAGAGUGAAGAGAUUCCAGCCUGAAAAGGAUCUGAAUCAUUGGACAGGCAGUGCUGAGGCAUGUCAGAAUAUAUGCGUGUAUGUUAAACAGUGAUGUCAGGCAGGAAUUUCUCUUCUGUAAAAGCUGGCAGUAAGAGUAAUCUGGGAUAUUGUGACCAGUUUUGGUUUCUGCUUUUUAAAAGCUGGGCACAAAGCUAAUUAAAAAUGGAAGGAGGCUGCAGCAGCUGUGGUUCUCCCUCCACUUAUCACUGCUGGUAAUUGUGGCCCAGUUCUUCAUUCUCCAUUGCUAACCCCUGCAUGAGUGACAGAACAGCUCUCCAGGGAUGCUCUGGGGUCCCUGGUGCUGUGCCUCACUGUGGGACAUGUCACUGUCCUCUGCUCAUAAGCACUUGGGUACUAACCCAGCUGUGAGGGCAUAGCUGUCACCAUGCUGGGAUGAUGGACUUGUGCCACCAAACUCACAGUGGGGUGUAGGUGUGCUGCCCCAAGGCGUGGGAAGAACCUUUCCCUUACCCCUCUAAUGAAACAAUUUGCUGUCAGGGCUCUCUAAGGCAGGCACAGCCUCAGAUGAGUCUUCCAGGAGAGGCAUCCUGACAGCAGGAGGGGCAGAAACAAGUCCCUUCUUCCUGCAGUGCUUGAGCACCUGCACUUCUAAGAAUUGGAAACUCUGCCUUAAUGUGUGGCCUGUUCUGGGGGCUGCCCUGUCAGGACCCUCUGCUGUGGGCACUCAGGGUUUAUCAGGGGAAGGAGAGAGGCAGAGCUGUGCUCUGGGGACUGAGCUCAGCUGUCCUUGCUGGAAGAGGAGGCAAAUCCUGUGCUGUGUCCUUGCUAAAUGUGUGAGAUGGACAUUUGUCAUGGAAACUGCUUCUUCUAUCCUGCCAUUCCUGUCUCUUAGCCCUAAGCCCAAGGACUACACAGUUUCAUCAAGGAGAUGUGCCUCAAAGGACAAGAGAGCUUUGCUUCGGUCCUGCACAGGCAUGGCAAAAUGGUGGGAUCACAUCACUAAUUUCACACUUUCAUUUGGAUUGUUAUCUCUUAGGGUAUGUGUUCUGCCCUGUAAUACCCCACUUAUAGUCCCUGUUACUUAAAUAUGCUGUGCUGAACAAGCUUCAUUUUGAAGGUGCCACUGUGCAGAACAGAUGGUGGAAAUCAGCUUGGCUAAUGCUGAGUAAAUGACCUCCAAAAAAUGGUACAUGUGGAUUCCUGAGUAGUGGGUGGCACUGGGAUGGAGCUGGGGGUUGGUGGCAGCUUUCAGUCAGUAGAGCACCCCUGGAGAGAUGGAAGAGCUCAGGUCAAAAGCCUUCACGUUGGAAUGGCAGCAACUGAAAUCCACUCAGCACAAUGCUCAGAGUGCUGUGAGCUUCUGCUCCUCUUCAGUGGGAGAGGGGAGGUGAAUCCUCCUGGAUCCAGGUGUGCUUUCUGCUACUCUUAAAUAUUAAAUAGGAUCACAUGGACUUGAAAUGCUAAGAAGAAAUUAACAGUCUGAUGGGAAUUCUUGAAGAAACUUUUGUACCACAAGAUCUAGAGGGCCAUUCUGCCUCAGGCAGGGUCUUGGGUUCCUGCAAAUUGGAGAGGCCAUGAGAAAACCCUGCAGUGCAGGUGGCAUGGGCAGAGACCUGGGGCAGGGGAUGGGACAGUGUGCAGGCCAGCUCUCAGCACCUGGGUUAAUUUGUGUUCCCAGAGGUGACUGAGAAUUUCAGAGGGGUGGGCAGGAAGUGGGGAAAAGGCAGCAUCACCCUGGAAUCUGACCUCAGGCAGCUCCUCUGUGCUGUUAAUGGAGCUUUGGGGGAGGAGUGUCCCAGUCAGCAGAAGUGGCCUGGGGGAAGAGCAAUUGCUGCUCCACCAGACACAUCACCAGGUUUGGGAUCUGCUGAAGCUGUGAAUUCCUGUGUCAAUGAGAGCUAAUAAAAAUUCACGUAGACUCACAAAUAUUUUCACUGCUUUUUAUCCAGCAUGUUGAAAAACUGUUUUCCAGUUGCCUGCAGUAACUCCUAAGAAAUUAGAAUAGACAACCCUCAGGGAUGGGAAGCACUUACAUAGGACCUGGGAAAGCUCAUCUUGCAGCCCAUCUUUCUCUAUCAAUACCAAGACAGUGCAGAAACCCUUAUUUCCAUGUGUAGGUCACUUUAAAUUAAUUUGAAAAUGUAUUCUUCUAUUUAAUGUCUGCAUAGAUUGGACUCCUGAGACCAUCCUGUGUUAAGAUGUAGCAUUGCCUUGAGAUGAAACAAUAACAAACCUGCAUCCCUUGCUCCAGCCAAUCCCUCCAGCGAGGUCACGGGGGAAAUAACAACAGUUUUGUCUAAUUGUUCCCGGUGUGGAUUUAAGGCAUGCCUGGUUUGUAUGGGUCAGGUGUUUAUAUGCCAUAAAUGUGCUUAGGAUGGUUAAAAGCA